AUGCAAGGAAAAGCUACAUUAGAUGAGGAAUAUGGGUUCGAUGCAUUGGUUAAUGAAGUAUCUUCUUUUUGUGAGAAGCAUCAUAUUGAUGUUCCUAAUAUGGAAGAGGCAUUUAUACUUCCAGGGAGAUCAAGGCGUAAUGCUCCAAUAAGGACAAAUCGUCAUCAUUAUCGUGUGAAGCUCUUUAUUUACGUCAUUGAUGAGCAAAUUACGGAGUUAGAUGAUCGCUUUAAUGAGUUACUUCGUCUUGCUCAAUUUUAUCCUCAAGACUUUUCGGAUGAAGAUCAAGUUGAGAUUUAUAUCCAUUAUGUGCGUUCUAGUUGUGAUUUCUCAAUUGAAGGAAGGUGA